AUGGCCCAACUGGCCGGGCUUGCCAUCGCAACCUUCUCUGGUUCAAUAUUUCCAGGAUGCCUGGCAUUGCGAGCUGACUUUCAGCAGCAUUCCUUCACAUCAUCCAGCCUUUCCAGAAGUGAGCAUAGCUCGUGCAGCACUUGCUCAGACUUGGUGCAGUUUGUCAAGCACGUGGGAAUCGCUUGGGAAAUCUUCCCUCCCAGUCCGCUGCCUGCAAUUGAUGGUGCCAUUACCUGCCUCCCCAGCAGCCAUGUGAAGUGGGGCCCAGGAGCGGCCGAACAGGUGGAAUCUGCUCUCGAUGAUGAGGAUUGCGGGUUGGGCGAGGCUCAUGCCAGCCUAAGUCGUUCCGAGAAGAGGGACUGCCGACAGCUGCAUGCCAAGCAGAGCAAGCGGGCAUCGUGGCUGGGGCUGCCUGUGGCCUUCCUGCAGCAGAUGGCUGUGUGUGGCCGCUGCGGGCUGUGCGAAGCCUUUAGCAAGGUGAGUAGCCUCUGGCGACGGCUGAAGGCCGCAGUGCGCAAGGUGGCGGCAAAGUUGCGCCAGGUGAAGCGCAAGCUGUUUGGCUACAGCUACGCCUCGUCACGCGUGCGGUCGGCGAUGGCACGGCGCUUCGACGGCUACUUCCCAGAUGGUGCGACAAGUGCCCUGCAGACCGCAUCUGAUGUGAACCACACAGACGGAGAAAGCGGAGACAUCGAUGAUGCCACGCACGAGAAGAUGGUGGAGGAUGCUUUACUCCAAGAACUGCAAAAGAAAAGUCCGGAGCAGAUGGAGCAGCACUUGUCCCUCCUGCAGCAGCGCCUGGAGGACACCGAGCAAAAGGAUGAGGAGCUGAUGGGAGCUGCGCAGCGUAAGUUCCGGGCAGAGUUUGACAAGCAGAGGAGUCAAUUGGAGCUCCAAUUGCCCACGCUGCUGGGCAACGAGCACUGCCAGGCCUUUUUGGAUGCAUCCAUGAGCAGCCAGACGCUCGAGCUGACGCUCUAUGUUGAAGUGCCGCAUAUAGUGAAUGCGAUCCUGCAUGCAGUGGUCGGGAAUUUUGUGGGCGCCCUGCAUUCGCUCUUGCCGAAAAUUCAGCUGCUCAUGACGCCACAUCUUGGCGGUGCACACGACCGGCAGCACCAUAUGGACCAAUGCCUCCAAGCCUUGCACGAGCAGCGCCAGCCGUUCUUGGACUCCUGCACGCACGAACAGCCUUUGAUGGCUUGUACUGCCCGCACCUACCAGCGACUCAUGCAAGGAGCGCUGUCUCAGCAGUGGUGGCCUCUCAUGCACAACGAAGUCGGCACGGUCGGUUCCAUCGACCUGGGCUACGACUAUGAUGAGCUCAUGGAAAGCUUGGAGUGCUCUUCCCGGGGGAGCUGCUUGGAGAAGGGCCUGGAUGCAGGCCAUGGCUCAGAGGACUUGAAAGCAGUGCUUGAGAAUAGCUCCACGGAUGAAGCUGCGAGAUUUGCGGAGUUGCAGUGUUCAUUUGCAGGCAAUCGCAUUGACACCGAGGAUGCCGAGAAGGGCAAGCUUCCAGUCUUCUCCGACAAGAUUUGGGCGGCGACGCUCAAGGCCCACGGGAAGACUAUGGAAUUCUCUCCAGCAGAGACGCCGCCGUGCCCGAACAUGAUGCCCUUUGUUGUGGCAUUCUGUGCCGAAAGCCUUCACUGCAUGGACGCUGAGCGGGCCGGGCAAGGUUUUGGAAGCGGCGUCUUUGAGGUGGCGCGGGCGCGUGCGAAAGAGCGCAUGAAGGAGAUCCAGAACAUCACGAGAGAAUCCACAGCACCCGUUGGCAAAUAUGGGAUGACUGAGAGCGACGACUUCAAUAGGCUGAAAGACUGGUGGUGGACAAUGAUAUCAGAGAAAGCUUCACACCUGGACCCUGAGGAAGACGUGUACCAGUGGAACUUACUUUGGCAAGCAGCAAACUUCACCAACAAGGUGGGACACAUGGCGACAUGGCCAGCCAUCCGCGCGGCUUUGGAUGGAGAGGAGACAGAAGCGAUCGACUGGAUCGCUACGAGGGACUACUGGGAGCGAGUCCUGAUGAUGUCAGUCAUGAAGCUGAAUGUCCGCCAGUUAGAGAUGAAGGAAAAUGGCAGUCCUGUGCUUGAGAAGCGAAGCCUGCCAGCUGUGCUGAAGAACCUUCGGUCCAUCUUCGACACCAAGUUUUGCUCCCCUGGGGCUUUGGGUGGCCUGACGGACCAGAACUUGCGCCGUUUGGGCGUGCACGAUCAGGUCUCGCUGACCCUUGCUCACAUUGACCGCGAUUCAGUGGUGAUCAAGCAGUGGCAGAAAUGGUCUGUGCUGAAUUUGAAGAUCAGAGACAAAAGCAGGCUGCAGAAGUUCAAGGAUCAGUUGGCGGAAUCCAGCUGCAGCUGCAUGUGCUACAACUCCUGCAGCAAAUUGAAGGCUUCCGCGUAUGUGAGUUGCCACACUGGCUUAAGGACAUUCCAGGCUGCCAGAGAGAGCGCCCUGGCGACGUUGCAUGCCGACGAGGUGAUUCUUGACAGAGUCUAUUCCCUUGGGGAGAAGCUGCAGGAUGCAGAUCUGUCCAUCGUGGAGGUGCCUGGCUGGGGCGGUUGCCAGUACAAGCUGGAGAUGCAAUAUCGGCAGAAAGGGCCAGCGACUACCUUUUCGAGCAAAAAGAGCAAACUUUCUGGGUACAUUUCCCAGUGCCAGCUGCCCGACUUCGUCAAGCUCAGCAAAGGCGACCUGCGCAUCACCAUUUGGGAGUCAAAAGGGGACCGCUACCUCGGCCAUGGCUGGGACAUGAUUCUGGAGCCGAACCAGAACUUCGAAGACGUCGAUUUAGAUGUUUGGAACAAGAACUGGGAUGAUGCGUCCUCGGUGGAAGCUGCCAUCGAUGAUGAGGACUGCGGGCUGGGCGAGGCUGGUGCCAGCCUGAGCAGCUCUGAGAAGAAGGACUGCCGACAGCUGCAUGCAAAGCAGAGCAAGCGGGCCUCUUGGCUCGGGGUGCCGGUGGGCUUCCUGCAGCAGAUGGCCGUGUGUGGCCGCUGCACGGUCUGCGAGGCUUUCAGCAAGGUGCGCAGCCUGUGGAGACGGCUGAAAGCUGCCAUCAGCAAAGUGGCAGAGAAGUUGCGACAGGUGAAGCGGAUGCUUUUUGGCUACAGCUAUGCCUCGUCACACGUGCGGUCGGAGAUGGCACGGCGCUUCGACAGCUACUUCCCAGAUGGUGCGACAACUGCCCUGCAGACCGCAUCUUAUGUGAACUACACAGACGGAGAAAGCGGAGACAUUGACGAUGCCAUGCACGAGAAGAUGGUGGAGGAAGCCUUACUCCAAGAGCUGCGGAAGAAAAGUCCGGAGCAGAUGGAUCAGCACUUGUCCCUCCUGCAGCAGCGCUUGGAGGAAGUCGAGCGAAAGGACGAGGAGCUGAUGCGGGCGACAGAGCGUCAGUUCCAGGCGGACUUUGCCAAGCAGAGGAGUCGCUUGGAGAUUCAGCUGCCCACGCUACUGGGCAGCGAGCACUGCCAAGCCUUCGUGGAGGAUUCCAUGGCCAGUCGGACUCUCCAGCUGACCCUCUUUGUUUCAGUGCCAAAUGUUGUGGGAGCAGUAUUGAAUGCAGUGGCCGGCAACUUUGUGGGCGCGCUGUACGCGCUUGUGCCGGGUGUCUUCCUGUCGCUGACGCCAAACCUCGGCCAUCUGCCAAGCCGGCAGCACCACAUGGACAAGUGCCUGGAAGCCUUGAACGAGCAGCGGGAGCCGUACUUGGACUCUUGCACGCACGAACAGCCUUUGAUGGCUUGUACUGCCCGCACCUUCCAGCGACUCAUGCAAGGAGCGCUGUCCCAGCAGUGGUGGCCGCUGAUGCACAAUGAAGUUGGCACUACGGUUGGCUCCAUUGACCUGGGCUAUUCGUAUGAUGAGCUCAUGAAAAGCUUGGAGUGCUCUUCACGGGGGAGCUGCUUGGAGAGGGGACUGGAUACAGUGGCCCAGGCCUCACAGGACUUGAAGGCAGUACUUGAGAACACCUCUGCGGACGAAACUGCACGACUAGAGGAGCUGCAGUGUGCUUUUGCAGGCAAUCGCAUUGACACGGAGGAUGCCGAGACGGGCAAGCUGCCAGUUUUCUCUGACAAGAUUUGGGCGGCAGCGCUCAAGGCCCAUGGCCAGACCAUGGAGAACGCCCCAGUGGAUACACCGCCGUGUCCGAACAUGGUGCCAUUUGUGGUGGCAUUCUGUGCUGAUAGCCUUCGCUGCAUGGACACUGACCGGGCCGGGCAAGGUUUGGGGCAGGGCGUCUUCGAGGUGGCGCGGGCACGUGCGGAGGAGCGCAUCAAGGAGUUCCAGAACAUCACAAGAGAAUCCACAGAAAAAGUCGGGCCAGACAAGACAGAGGAAAGUGACGACUCGAAAAGGCUGAAGGAUCUGUGGCGGACGAUGCUGCGGGCUAAAGUCGUAGGCUUGCAGCCUGAGGAAGACGUGUAUCAGUGGAACUUGCUUUGGCAAGCUGCGAACUUCACCAACAAGGCAGGACGCAUGGCGACCUGGCCGGCCAUCCGCGCAGCUUUGGAUGGAGAGGAGACAGAAGCGAUCGAUUGGGUCGCUACAAGGAACUACUGGCAGCGAGUCCUGGUCAUGUCAGCCAUGAAGCUCAAUAUUCGUCAGAAAGAGACGGCCGGCGCCGAUGAUGUGCAUGAAGAGCGAAGCCUGCCCGACGUGCUGAAGAACCUCCGGUCCAUCUUCGACACUAAGUUUUGCUCCCCCGGGGCUUUGGGCGGCCUGACGGAUGAGACCUUAUACCGCUUGGGCGUGAAAGAUGAGGUCUCGCUGGCCAUUGCAGACAUGGACAAGCAAGCUGUCGUGGUCAAGAUGUGGAAGCUUUGGGCAGCAGUGAACGUGAAGGUCAGCGACCAAACGAGGCUGCAAAUCUUCAAGGACCAACUGCAGCGGAGCAGCUGCAGUUGCAUGUGCUACGACGCCUGCGGCAAACUGCAGCCCUCCGGUUUUGUGCACUGCCCCAAUGGCUUCCACCAGGAGGCAGUGGACAACCUGACUGUGGCAACGCUGCAUGCCGACAAGGUGAUCCUUGACAGAGUCUAUGCCCACGGGGCAAAGUACCAGAAUGUAGAGCUGUCCAUCGUGGAGCUGAAUAGCCAAGGCAGUUGCCAGCACAAGCUGGAGAUGCGAUAUUCGGAGAAAGGGAAGUGGAAGACACUUUCUGGAUACAUUGCGCAGUGCAACAUGCCCGACUUUGUGGUGCUGAGCGAAGGCCUCGACCUGCGCAUCACUCUGUGGGAGCCAAUGGGUGACGACCACCUAGACGCCACCUGGGAAACGUUUCUGCAGCCGAACCAGCAUCACAGCGACGUGCAUGAGUGGGCCUGGGAAAGAGACGAGGAGGAUUCUUUGGGCUUGCCGUAUUGA